CACACCAUAUCUCGCCUCGCCCAAACAGCCAUCGCACGCUCUCUCUCUCUCUCUCUCUCUCCUCUUUCUUUCUCUCUCCUCCGCUCGCUCCGACACGCUUCUCCGUGUAGGCGCGCUGCAACUGUAGACCCGACGCCGCCACUCUCUCUCUCUCUCCAUCUCUCUAUCGCCGCCGCCGGCGAUUCGCGUCUCGUCCUGGUCCCUCGGCCCCGGCCGGCGGGCGGCGAUUGGUUGGAGAGUCCGCCGCAGCCCUAAUUGUCGAGCGCUUCGGAUCCGACUCGAAGAGGAGGAGGAAUAAGAAGAAGAAGCAGAGGAGGAAGUUUCCAGUAGCUUCCGUGGAAUUCCAGCUGGAUUUCCUCCCCCGUCUCUCUCUCUUUCUCUCUCUCCCCAGGUGUCUCAUAGAUAUUACAAACUUUCAGUGUAAUUAGCUAGGGACAAUUAACCUUGGAAAGGUUUUGGGAACUCUCCUGAAUGGGGACCGGGGAAGAAACCACAGCUUCUAAACCUUCCAAACCUACUUCUUCAAUUCAGGAAGUUCCAACUACACCAUCAUAUCCUGAUUGGUCAAGUCCUAUGCAGGCUUACUAUGCCCCUGGAGCAACACCACCUCCUUUUUUUGCUUCUACUGUUGCUUCUCCAAGUCCUCAUCCUUAUAUGUGGGGAAGCCAGCAUCCUUUGAUGCCACCGUAUGGCACGCCAGUGCCAUACUCAGCCAUAUAUCCUCCUUAUGUUCAUCCUAAUAUGGCUCCGACUCCAGUUGCAGCACAAACAAAUGUGGAACCAGAUGGGAAAGGUGCUGACGGAAGAGAUGGAGCUUCAGCUAAAAAAUCCAAAGUGACUUCUGGAAACAGUAGUUUGGUUGGUGGGAAGGCUGCAGAUGGUGUUAAGGCUACUUCAGGCUCAGGAAAUGAUGGAGCAUCCCAAAGUGCUGAUAGCGGUAGUGAGGGUUCAUCUGAAGGAAAUGAGGACAAUAGCCAACAGGAAUUCACUGCAGGUAAGAAGGGGAGCUUUGAUCAGAUGCUUGCAGAUGGAGCUAAUGCACAAAAUAAUACGGCAAUAAUGCAAGUUUCUGUAACAGGGAAGCCUGGAGUGCCCACUCCUGCAACUAAUUUGAAUAUUGGAAUGGAUUUGUGGAAUGCAUCCUCUGCUGGUGGAGCUGCAAAGAUCAGGCCAAAUCCUGGUGCUGCUUCAUCAACUCUUGUCCCAACAGGAAUGAUGCCUGAUCAAUGGAUGCAAGAUGAACGUGAAUUAAAAAGGCAGAGGAGGAAGCAAUCUAACAGGGAGUCAGCGAGAAGGUCAAGAUUAAGAAAGCAGGUGGAGUGUGAAGAACUACAAGCACGGGUGGAGACACUAAGCAAUGAGAAUCACACUCUGAGAGAUGAGCUUCAUAGGCUUUCAGAGGAAUGCGAGAAACUUACAUCUGAGAAUAGUGCUAUCAAGGUUUUGGAUAGAACAGACUGUUGCAAUCAGUUCUCUCGUUCUUUCUUUACCUGCACUAAUAAAUUACCCUCGCUAUCUUAGUGCUGGCAGAUUGUGCAGAGCUGGCAAAUGGACACAUUUUAUUAUUCACUUCUGUUUCUGUGCAUCUUUUAUAUCUCUGCUUUGAUGCUUGCUUAACAGGAGGAAUUGACCCGAGUCUGUGGACCGGAGGCAGUCGCUAACCUUGAACACGACUCCACUUCAGCCCUUCAAUCGCACGGAAGUGAGGAGAACAGUUGAAGGAGAGAUUUCUCUUGAUAAUAAUGAAACACAGUAUGCAGCGGAAAUAACAUUGACCUUGUCAAACUAUUUUAUUGACAGUGGCAACUCGACACGCAUUUCCUUUGUCUCACUAAUCUUAUACCCUUGACCCAUUUUCCUUUUUGUAACUCUAGUUAUACAUAGUUUCUUCUCAAGUUUGAGCCAUAGUAGACAACAUGCACAUUGCUUGUAACACUAAUUGGCAGAGCAGAUGAGGACUGAUCUGGAGGUUACAACAUUAUUGCACUUUCUUUUUCUUGUGAAGUGCUGUCAUCCAUAAUUCUUUGUAUCAUGAAGCAGAGUGAUCUCUUGGUCCAUUCAUUGUAUUUCUAUGACUACCUGUCUUUCUAUUUCAA